CAAGACGCGUUGGAGAGACUCACCAAGCGGACGGGAGAAGUGCCAGUUUCUGACCUGUUUGUAAGUCACUCUCUGCGGCUGUUGGUAGAUUUUCGUGUACCAGCAGGUGGACAUUUGAGUUUUUCCAAGCGUGCGUAAAUUGACGGGAAAGGUCUAGGAGAGAAAACAGUCUUGGAGUGACCCUCAGCUACCCAAGAACGGGAGGAAAGGAGGAGUAAAAAGCGCCCGAAGGAGAGACGAGUGCCUGGUGGAUAGAAAUGCUCUCCGCGUUAUUUUUUCUCACACAUUUGGACAUUUUACGUAGUUUCUGGAAAAUGUCGCGGGUGUGCGCUGCGUAAAACCGCUCACUGCUUUCAUGUCUCAUGCCAUUAGAAGGAACAGUUACUUUUCUUUAAGUAAACUGUGAGCGGAGCCGUGAUUUUGUAAAGAAGGAGGCACUGGGCUAAAACUGAGAGCGAGACACCGAACAGUUACGAACCAUGGUGAAGUUUCAUAACUCGGACCUAUGGAUAGCCUGGAUGGUCAUUUUCUGCAUGGAGGGCUCAAGGUUUGAUCUACACACAGGGAAAGUGUGUGUUCGGGCGCUGGAUGUGACGGUGUCCCAGAGCAGUAUCCAGGUGGCCCGCGGCCAAGCAGCCAUCCUGCCCUGCUCUUUCACCACCAGCGCUGCCCUAAACAACCUCAACAUCAUCUGGAUGGUGAUACCACUGUCCAAUGCCAACCAGCCAGAACAGGUGAUAAUUUACCAGGGCGGCCAGGUGUUCAGUCUCGCCAACCACCUCAAUGGUCGUGUGGGCUUCGUGGCCACCAUGCCAAGUACAAGUGCCUCCAUCUUCAUCAACAACACCCAGCUGUCCGACACUGGGACCUACCAGUGCCUGGUCAAUAACCUCCCAGACAGAGGGGGGCGCAACAUCGGUGUCAUUGGGCUCACUGUGUUGGUGCCCCCCUCGGUGCCAGCAUGUCGGAUCCAGGGCACACUGGAUGUAGGCAGUGACAUCAUGCUGAUCUGCAGCUCAGAGGAAGGUAUUCCCACACCGUCCUAUUCCUGGGAGAAGCUGGACGCACUGCCCAAGCUGCCGAACAACGCCAUGCAAGACCAGAUGCAGGGCACUGUCACACUGAGAAACAUCAGCACCAGCACCUCAGGACUCUACCAGUGUACCUCCAGCAACGCUAUUGGCAAGAGCACCUGUCUGCUCAACCUGCAGGUGGUGGCACCCCAGCCUCAGAGUGUAGGUCUGAUAGCAGGGACCAUUGCUACAGGAAUCCUGGCUGUCAUCAUCUGUUCCCUCUUAGUGGUGGUCACACUCUUCUACUGGAAGAACAAGAACAAAUACGAUGAGGAGGAGAUCCCCAAUGAGAUCAGAGAGGAUGACCUUCCUCCUAAGAGGUCAUCAUCAGUGAAGGCUUUCCACGCAGACGCCUCAUCCUCAGAGAACGACACGCUGACGUCCACCAACACAUACAACAGCCGCUACUGGCACAACCCCAAACCCAACUAUGACACCAACUCCUACACUCGCUACAAUGGAGACACACGCCAGACCUUCUCCACUGCUGCCCAUGGCGCACAUGGACACGGACAGACCCAGAAUGCAGGACACGGCCACAGUACAGUGGUCACAGCACCUGGCUCAGCACCACUGUCCCGCCAUGCGCAGCCCACAACGGCAACAACAACGUCGUUUGCCAAUGGCAGCCACACGCUCCCGCCACCCAAGACUCUGGUAGUCACGACAAACUCUGCCCCAUCCCCUCCCACCAUGGUGCGCAGCAAUGGCUCUGUGAGCCUCAAACCGGUGGUGACAUCAACGCAUGGGCAACACACGCACUCCUACGCCGUGAGCCAGGCUACACUGGAGCGGAUGGGGGCAGUGCCUGUCAUGGUGCCUGCCCAGAGCAGAGCAGGCUCGCUGGUCUGAAAUCAAAUUUGGUAAACUUUUAGCUUUGAAAACAAGACUUAAUGAGUGUUUGGUUGAGAUGUUUGAAAUCCACUGAUGAAAAACAGACCGAAUAUGGGCUGAAGCAGCCCACUGCCCUUUACAGCUGUGUCUUUCUGUUUGUCUCGACCUUUUUAUCUGAAAACAAACUGGGAUUUUACAGUGCAGAGUUCAUUUAAUGCCAAUUCUUUGAUGGACAGGACCCUGCUCCUUUUGUAGAAAAGCACUACAUGGAAUCUGUUCAUCCCCUUAUUGGAUGAAUUGUCCUGGUGAGUGCGGUGGAAAGUGCUUUUCAACAACUUGGAUGAUUUCACAAAGCUGGAGUGAAUUUACCUGCAGAACCUGGAUUCCCAGAUCUCAUUCAGGGCUGGAUCGUUGUGAUGAUUGUGUUUUUUUGGACUCAAAGCAACACAAGGCAUUUUCAUCUUAGUGUGUCCAUACUGCAUGGUCAGAAAGAAAUGAGCUCGGAUUCCCACAUAAAUGCAUGUGUCCCUUGUUUUAGGAUAACAAAUUAAGUCCAUAUUAUUUCUAAUAAUUUCUUCUCAUGGUUGUAAUUUUGAUUGAUCGUAAUGAUAGUGAUGAUGAGGAUUAGGCUUUGAAAAAGUGAAUGUUCAAACGUCUGUUGAGAGAAACUUAAAGGAUGAAAGUAUAAGAAUGAAAUGAUGGUGGUUAAAAUGGCCUUAGAAGCUUAGAGAGAGGGGUUUUAAAUUGGGUGCAAUACAUCACAUAUACUUUUCUUCACUGAAUGCAAACAUUUUCAUUUUCUUGCACUUUUCAGAGCAAUUUUAUAUCAAAACUGCUGUCUUAUGAAUAAUAACUCAGUCUUACUCAUGAAACGCUUGCCCGUACAACAUAGAUCGAAACUUGUCUGCACAUGCAAAAUCCUGGUGAUAUUUGGAGACUGUACAUGUGCUGGAAUUUCAGAGAAAAACAGCACAACAUUUUUCACAACACAAAACUACUGACCCCCCUGAUUUAAACUUGAACCUGCAGAUGGAUAUUGUCGUAGUCUUUGCUGUGUUCAUCCUUGCUGUUGUCCUAAUCUGGUCCAUGUCACAUCAGUGCUGCUUUGAGAAGACAUGGAUAAAAGGAUGUCUUAUUUCAUAAAUGCUUUAUAAAGAGACAAAUAUAUAUUUAAAGGUGAUUUUUUUUCCUUCGACAAAGGCUAACACCUACUGUUUUCUACUGUACAUAUUGUAACUACAACAGUAGGCUAGAUUACAAAUCAAAGAAAAUACGUUAUAUGUCUGACUGAUACAUAUUUUACAGCUCAUGUGUCUUAAUUUUAAAACAGUUCUUUUUGUUACAUUAGACAACAAGCUGGGUUUGAUAAACAGUGUUAUUGGUUUCAAUGAAGGGAUUUUUUUUUUAUGAUGUCAUUUUCUAUUGAGUAAUGCCAUUUCAUCACCAGGUCCGAGGUAAAUACAGUACGGUUUAAAACUAAUGACCAUAUGUUUUACUAUAAAUAAUAGAUACCUAUAAUAGACACAUGGUAGAAAGUAUCACUGUGUUGACCUACUGUAUUUAUGUUUUAACCAAAUUUCACCACUGGAAAAACAGUCUGAUCUUUGUGUGUUACAUGCAGUAUUGGAAAGACUAUUUUUUUUCCCUCAUUCUCUCUUAAAAGUAACUUCUCUGUAUGUCUAAUUUAUGGUUUUUAAUGUGCUAUUUUUGGCAUUUAAAGUCUGAGAAUUUGUUUCUGCUAACUUUACAAAAAAGUGCUCCAACAUUAACAAAUACAAUUUUGUGAUUUAUGGUGAAAGCUGUUUUUCAUAAUUAUUUCAUCCAGAUGACUUCGCAGACAGGAAUACUUUUUUGAUCUUUUUUUUUUUUUCUUAAUGCGAGAAAGACAUUUCAAUCUUCAUGCCAUUUCCUAGUAGGUUUUAGAUGCACUCGAAUUUGAGUUGAAAAUUUUUGAAAAUUCAAGAAAAAAGAAGAUUUAGCAGUUAAUUUAGAGUGGUAUUAACGUGUAAUUCUAGAUUAAAUAAAUAUCAAUAAACCCAACAAAUAUUUACAUCAUAAGAAUAAAAAAUACCAGCCAAGGUAAUAUACCUUUGUAUCAUUGGUGUCAUCCUUCAAUUGACACAUUUAUGGACUGAGUCCCAUGAUGAGUACCAGUCAACACUGGUUUUCCAUCACAGUUUGUUGUCAGAUGUGAAGGCCUGCAGUUUACACACAGACCUAGAUAAUACAGCAAUACUGAUUUCUGCAAAUCAUAAUGGAAAUGGUUUGCAGUUUUAAAUCUUCUUUUUUUCACCCCACUACUCUAUUAGUUACUGCAAUACGUACCAGUUUAGAUCAACCACAAGCAUGCUUCUUCAUUAGCAUAGAUUUGACCCAGCUCUGACCACAGCCACACACCCACCCACUGUUUUUACAGACAUAUUUAUCCAGUUUCUUUUUCCUCAUGGCCGUUUAAUGUGUGGCAGACCUACAGUGCCCGCAAGAUAUAUAUACACACACAUCGAUUUAUGAAUAUAGAAAGGAUGAAAAAGGUCAAAAGAUUAAAUUUCAGUCAUCAUCUCACUGUGUUUUUUUUUUUUUUUUUGCUGACAGUGUCUUCAUGAUAAAAUCUUCUGUCUGUGUCGAUUUCUCUCACCAUUUUUUCCCCAGUGUCCCUGCCCUGAACACUGGCUGAUGAUAUUAAAGAAUAACUUUUCUUCUAAGAUUUCUGGCUUUAUUCUUUCCAGAAGGAAUAGCAAGCUGGAAGAGCUAAACUGAGAUUAUUUUAUGUUAACUCUACCCUCCAUUUGCAAUGGAGGGUAGAGGGCACAAUCAGUAGAAAUCUACUGAGGUUUUAACCCAGAUUAACAACAACAACAACAACAACAAAAAAAACAAAAACACCUCAUCGUCUACCCUGGCCAUUGGUUGGCAUAUGGUACACAAGGUGGUUUAUGGGUUGUAUAUAUAGAUAAAUAAUGACCUGUGGUAUAUUGCCAAUAGUAAAAACAAACAAUCUGUAAAUAUGUAUAAAGAUACAUCUUGUUCUUACUGUUGGGUUGAAAUGAAAUAGGAAAAAUA